UUCCCCUACAGAACUGUAGGUUUUUGUAGUCUGAGUUUUUCAAACCGAAGACGUCACUGCAAUCCAGGAAGCUGAGGUUGCACUGAAACUGUUAUUUCCCUCUGAGCAGCAAUUAUCUUCCAUCAAGCGGAUCAUAAAGAGAGCCCAAGCCUGUUGCAUCUGCAGAACGUUUUCCUUCACAGCUUGCAGGACUUCCAAGAAACCACAAAGAUGGUCUCUCAUAACAUGACAUGGAUAAAGUACCCGAGCCACAGCCAAGACUCCAAUAUCGAAGACAUCAUAUUUUCGCAACACGUUACCUCCAGACUGAUGCACGGCUACAUUGCCCUCUUUGUGCCAACUGGUUUAAUCGCCGGACUCAUUAUUUUGGGCAUCUUCAUCAAGAACUACCUGCAGCACGCCUUAAAGAAAUUAGACAUCAUGAUUGUCGCUCACACCGUCAGCAGCAUCCUCAUGAUUCUUCUUUCGCUCACUAUCAUCACAAGGCCAGCCUAUCUCAGAGUAUCCUACUUGGAAUGUGGCACUCUGUCUUUCUUCUUCAACUUGAGCUACUUCAAUUCUCAGUACCUUCGCGUACUGAUGAUGCUGAGCUUCUUUUUCAACAAGCACCCGCCCCAGAAUGCUUGGAUUAGUAAGGCCCACCAAAACACAAUGGUAUGCAUUGGAUUUGUAUUGAUAUGUGCCUUUUGUGUGACACUGAUAGUGGUGGCGCUGCUGGGCAUCACGAAUUACCACAAAGACACAGACUGUCAAUUAGAUCCUUUAUUUGCAUGGCCAGAGUAUGAGAUUAUUAAAUUCACCUUUGGCUUCUGCAUUCCCUCUCUGGCCAAACUAGUCGGCUUUGUUCUGUCGUUUGUUAAAAAAACCCAGACAGAAAUUAACCGCUCAAGACAAAACGUUCACCCUUAUUUGGCUGUUUUUGUGAUCACAAUAACCAUGUUUGCGUGUCGCCUGUUUUACAACAUAAUGCUUCUCUCUAGGACUGUCUUAAAGAUACACAGAAGCGUAGGGACACCCCAACAUGAGCUGACCAUGAAUAUUGCCGAGAUCUUGCUGUUCAGUGAAAGCUGCCUUAGUUUGCUAAUCAUACUUUUCCUUCAUAAACCAUGCAGGAGCGGCUUAUUGAAUGUUGUAAAUAAACUUACGAAAGUCUGCAGGAGACGCGACAGCAACAGUGCUCUUGAAAUACGCGAAUUUCAUACUGAAGUUUCAUCUGUGCCUUCGGAAAAUGAAUCACACUGACUAUGAUCUUCCAAAUUAUUAGCAUUAAAGAAAAUAGCCACGUAUCUGCUUACAUGAGGAACCCAAAGGAACAAAAGUCUUCCAGCCUUCUUUACUCCUAAAGCCUGGCUACUGAAGAAGAAAUGUGGACAGCUAUGAACCAUCGCAAGCUUUGCAAGUGUUGUCAUUACAUGUUGAGGCUUUGCUUUUGUACAGACAGCAGAGUAUGGACAAGUUGGCUGAAGAGCUUUUUUCAAGAGAACUGUUCUCUU